AGCGACCAAGUGGUAACCGAAGCAAAUGGACCCAUCCGCAAUGGUAGCAGAGAUCCAGCAGUUCCGGGCGGGCGUGAACAGCAGACGUCUUCCUUAGACCACAUCUUGGUGGCGCGUGUUUCGACCAACGACCCUGUUCCCCCAGCUCUUUAUGAGUCUCCUCAGGAAGCACAGACCUCAAAUGGGAAUGACUAUUUUAACAAGCCGACCGAGCGCACGACAUCUCCAGACCCAAUCGUCCAUCGUCCACCUCGAAAGCGAGCCGUUCUGGUCGAUGCUCUGAAUUGGCUUGUUGAAGAUGUUCAGAAGG